AUGAGGUUGAAGAUAGAUUUGGUCUCACCAAUUGCCAAUGGGAGGAGUAGUGAUCAAACUAGACGUAGUAUUCGUGCAUAAUAGCCUGAGUAGCUUAAGACUGGGGAGAGGAAGAGGGAGAGAGAGAGAGAGAGAGAGAGAGAGAGAAGCACAGAGAUUAUCAUCAUGAGUGUUACUGAAGAAUGGGUAGAGAGAGAGAAGCACAGAGGUUAUCAUUAUGAGGGCUGCUGAAAAAUGGGAAGAGAGAGAGAGAGAGAGAGAGACGCACAGAGUUUAUCAUUAUGAGGGUUGCUGAAGAAUGGGAAGAGAGAGAGAAGCAAAACCUGUCUUGUUCCUUCGGAUAGGUAGGGAUUCCGAUCAGUAAUAGGUAGAAGCACGUGUUUGAAGGCCGUAUACAAGUCUGCCGCUGGGGCGUUUCCAGAGUCCUGCACCUCAGCCUUUGUGGUCAGGCUCGCUGCAACAGAAGAGACUAAUCAGCCAAAUGUACGCAAAGCACUUCAUUAUUAACUAUCAAUUGCACGAACAAGACUACUGAGAAUAAUUAACAAAAAUAUAAACGGCAAAACCCCCAGGGAACCCAAAGCCUCAGAGUUCAAGUAAAUCUGGAGAAACAAGACGAACACGGUUCAUGUUCAAGAACACCCACUUAAUCAAAGGGGAAGAAAAAAAAAAACCAAUGUAUAACGUAUUCAUCUAUACUAAAGAAAUAAUCAUGCAAACAUCGAGAGAAGAUACUCCAACCAAUCACAUAACAGAGGCCAAAACUUGCCAACGUGACAUCUUCUCUACCAGUUUCGAUGCAAAGCAAGAAACCCUGCCCACCAGUUUCAAUGCAAGCACACUGCAGCAAAGUGACGAACAAUAGAACCUUGGCAAUGCUGGUAGGCCUGAGCUUAUGAUAGAGAAGCUCAAGGAACUUCCCUAUGUCGAAGAUACCAGAAAACGCUUGACAAGAAGCAGCAACCAAUCACAGGUUCCAUUGCAACAGCGCGAAGCUAUCUGAGAGGCAAAGGAAGAAAAGCACCUAACAUAGAUUUUUUAUCCUGUUUUCGUGCUAAAACAGAGUUCUCUCAGGAACCCGCUGCACGAAAAUGACAUGAUUUCUCACAAUUUCGAGACAUGAUUCAAUUGCUCACAACCUCGAGAAAGAGAAAACAGGUCUCAAAAGUUUGGAGGCAGAAAAGGUAUAGAACACUAGAACAAAAAAAUAUGGCGGGUGAUAAUCUCCCCUCAUUUUUUUUAA